CGCGGCCAGAUCAGUAGGAGAGAUCCCCUUGGCCCAGAACUACUCCGUAUCUCACUUCUCUUGCCUCCGCUUGUUACUACUUCCAGGUCUGCUGGGCAAGGAAAUUUCCCGGGAACUCUCGUUUUGUGAAUUCAGACACUCCGACUCCUUCGCAGACCCUCCGAGCUCACUGCUAGAUACCUGAUCGCUGCGCUCCCACAAUGUCGAUCCAACUCCAGCCGCCCGAGUUGGGCUUCCAACGGCCGUUUAACCGAGAAGUCUGCCAGGUCCUGCACCUUGGAAAUGAUGGCCCCGAUCCCAUCGUAUUCAAAGUCAAAACCACCGCUCCGAAACACUACUGCGUGCGACCAAAUUCGGGUCGUAUAGAAGUUGGAAAGCAUGUCGAAGUUCAAGUUUUGCUACAGGCAAUGAAGGACGAGCCUCCUCUGGAUGCUAAGUGCAAGGAUAAAUUCCUUGUUCAGUCCGUCGCGGUCAAGGGGGACAUGGAGUUCUCGAAUGUCACUUCGAUUUUUGAGAAAGCAGCCAAAUCUUCCAUCCAGGAGCGAAAGAUUCGCGUGAAUUUCCUAGCUCCAGAGUCAUCCCCGGCCUCUGAUCAAACUGACCAAGCGAACGUUUCUACCCUUGUCGAUGAUGAACCGCCAGCAUACACUUCCCCCCCGGCCAAUUUCGACACCCCAGUUGCAGGACCCGGCAAGAAGACCACCGACACAUCACCUGUUCCAGCGCCGGAUUUUUCCGAGAAGUCGACCAGAGACCCAUCGACACCCCAGUUGACAGACCACACAAGCACUCUGAAGCCUGCCGUCGCUGCUGCUGCGACUGAAGAUCUCAAUGCAAAGCUCUCCGAUGCGUAUGCCCAGAUCGCGAAGUUGAAGGAAAAGCUUGCAGACCAGGGCUUGAGACAGAGAAAGGCACCGGUUGGAGCAGCAGAGACGGCUACUCCCUCGUUGCAACAGCAGCAGCAACCUCAGUCUGCCGAAGCAGGCGUUCCGGUUCAGAUUGUGGCCGGCCUCUGCUUGUUAAGCUUUUUGCUGGCCUAUUUCUUCUUCUAACCUACCCGCACAUCAUUUGCCUCUUUCUUUUUCCUUUAUUAUGCUUCGAGUCCCCACAGCCUUCGCCUUUUUCUUUCAACCAACUGUAUUCUGAUUGCAAUGCCCUAUCCUUUUCUUUUUCUCCUUUGCUAGGUUUACCUUCUCGGUCCCAACAGCUCGUCCAUGCGUCU